AUGGCCUCGGUGACCUCCCUCGACAAGGACAUGCGCCAAUUGCGCAUGGACCGAUAUACACCCCAGGCCGCGAAGGAAGUACGAACUUUUAUCGAAGAAGCACUCGGGGAACGUCUACAGCAAGCUGAUCUGCUUGAUGCUCUAAAGGAUGGUGUAGCUCUCUGCAGGUUGGUUAACCUUGCUGCUCCAAAUACCUUGAAAUUCAAAACCCGUGCUGUGAUGCCUUUUGUACAGAUGGAAAAUAUCUCCCUGUUUCUCCAGGCAUGCAGAAACUCACCAUUUAAUCUCCAAUCUCACGAUGUGUUCUUAACAGUCGACCUCUUCGAAUCCAAAGAUCCGGCGCAAGUUUUACAGUGCAUCAGCGCAUUUAGUCGAGCAGCUCAUCGAAUAGCACCGAGAGAAUUUCCAAAUCAGAUUGGUGGAGGAUCACGAGGGCCUAUGAGUCCUCAGCGAACUGGAGGGGCAGUUGGUGGGGGAAGUUAUGGUGGCUCACGAGGGAGAGGAAAUUCAGAAGUCAGCAACUCCUCUACGUCGUAUACUCCAUCGGCAAGUAUGCCUUCCGCUUUGACGCCGAGAAGAACGGGCGAUUCGAACGGAGGAAGAUGGAGCCCAACGAAGAAAAGCGGUACGCCAGUAUCACCUCAGGGUGGUGUUAGUAGUUGGAGUAAAAAAUCAGACGAGGGAGCCACCGCCCCAGCAUGGAACAUUGCACAGUAUGGAUAUAUGGGAGGUGCGAGUCAAGGGAAUUUGGGUGUAUCAUUUGGUGGAAGACGACAAAUUACAAGUGCAUCGCCAAAUGUACCUAAUGUGGCUGAGAAAUUGAGAUUGCGCAGAGAGAAGGAAGCAGAAGAGGCUCGGUUAAAGGCCGAAGCAGAAGAAGAAGAAAAACAGAGGAAGGAAUGGGAAAGGCAGGAAGAAAUGGAACAGGAACGUAUUCGCUUAGAGGAGGAAGCUGCUGCUGCUAGAAGAGCGUACGAACUGGAAUCUCAGCGAAUCGAAGAAGAAAAGCGUCGCUGGGCAGAGCAAGAGAAGAAAUGGGAGAUCGAAAACCAGCGGCGACAAGAAGAAGAACGGGCGCAUAUGGAAGAUCUCAAGAAAUUACGAGCAGAUAGUGAUGCUGCUCGUAGGAAACAGCAAGAAAAUGAAGAAGAUGAAAGGGAAGCUCUGCGCAGGGGCAUAAGUAUUGAAGUUUAUCGAGCGGAGAAGAAUGGUGUAGGAGGUUCAGAACUUGCUCGUAUCAAAGAUCUGGAACGACAAUUAAAUGAGGCACGAGAACGGGAACAUCAAUAUCAGAUACAACGGCAAGCCAAGGCUGAUCGGCAGAGCCAUCGAAGCGUUGAGAAUCAUGAUAUGGCGCUGCAUAUGAAGGAAGAUGCCCAGAGAACGAGAAAUCGAUCUCGGAGCCGUCCACGAGCACCGCCACAAAAAGAUAGCGACGAAGAAUGGCGAAAAGAUGAACGAGAAUACCUCCGUACUCAAUGGAAUGAUUCUCACUCAAGUACAGACCAAGGACCACCACCUCCAUCAAAAUCACCCCGGCCACUACCAACGCCCACAACCCCAGCACGUCUCGUAAAAAACAACACGGGAUCUCGUCCCCUUCCCGACCCAGCAAAAUACGCAUCUAAACCCUCAACACCGAAACCUAACCCGUUUUCUCCCCCUCAAAACCGCACAGACAAAUACCUCUCCUCGAACCCCGCGCCCGCGCCAUCCCAACCUAAAACCACGUACUCGAAUGAAAUCGGCGGUUUCGAUAGUUCUGCUGAACGAGACGCGGAGGAUCGGAGACGCAUGGCGAGUCAGACUAAGACGAAAGCGGGAGGUUGGGCGAGCAAGAGUUUGUUGGAGAGAGAGAUGGAACUUGAGAGGCAGAGGCAGGCGGAGUGGGAGGAGGGACAGUUGGCAACGAGGGGAAAGGGACCGAGUGGGCCGAGACCUUUGCCUUCUGCACGCUGA